CCCAGCAUGCCUCCGGGCGUGCUUCCCUUCCCCCCGCCUCUCGGUCCCGCACCCUCCCCUCCCCCGCCGCCUGCCUUGUGACACAGCCUGGGCCCUCCCGGAGGCCGUAGCGGCAGCGCGGCGGCGGCCACCACCUCCCGAAGCCGCAGCCCGGCUCACGCUGCGGCCCGCCCCGCCGCUGCUGCAGUCAUGGCUGCUGACGGGGUGGACGAACGCUCGCCGCUGCUGUCAGCAUCCCAUUCGGGGAACGUCACUCCCACGGCCCCGCCGUACUUGCAGGAGAGCAGCCCGAGAGCGGAACUCCCACCGCCGUACACAGCCAUCGCCAGUCCAGGAGCCAGUGGUGUUCCCGUGAUCAACUGUCGCGUGUGCCAGUCGCUGGUCAACCUGGAUGGCAAACUUCACCAGCACGUGGUUAAGUGCACCGUUUGCAAUGAAGCUACGCCAAUCAAAACCCCCCCAACAGGGAAGAAAUAUGUUAGAUGCCCUUGUAAUUGUCUCCUCAUUUGUAAGGACACAUCUCGGCGAAUAGGAUGUCCGAGACCCAACUGUCGGCGCAUAAUUAACCUUGGCCCCAUAAUGCUCAUUUCUGAAGAGCAGCCGGCUCAACCUGCAUUGCCAAUCCAGCCAGAAGGUACAAGGGUUGUGUGUGGGCACUGCGGAAACACGUUCCUGUGGAUGGAGCUGAGGUUCAACACUCUGGCAAAAUGCCCACACUGCAAAAAAAUCUCUUCAGUAGGAAGCGCUCUUCCCCGGAGACGCUGCUGUGCGUACGUCACCGUUGGAAUGAUAUGUAUUUUCAUUGGAGUUGGAUUAACCGUUGGCACACCAGAUUUUGCAAGGCGAUUUCACGCGACCUACGUGUCUUGGGCAAUUGCUUAUCUCAUCGGUUUGAUUUGCCUUAUCCGAGCUUGUUAUUGGGGCGCAAUAAGAGUCAGUUAUCCUGAACACAGUUUUGCUUAAAGCUACUCGUGAAUCCUUGAUGUAGACUGGAGAAGGUAUUUCAGCCAUGUUUCAUAGCCCUCAUCUCGCCAGAGACAGAGUCACACUGGGCUGCACCCGUUCCCUCAGACCGUGGAAACCUUGUCUUCUUGCGGCACUUGUGCACUCACUUCUCUGGGAAGAGAAUCAGUGACAUUUUGCAUUAGCUGAAAUGUUAGAAUUAGAGAUUCUUGUGCCAUCUCUCCCCCGGCCAGAUAAUGACUCAACGUGUUCAAGAAAAUGGAUCAAAGAUAAAGAGCUUCAUAGUUUCCUAAACUUCGCUUGGGAUUCGCGGAAUCAGCUCUUGCACUGCCCAUGUUUGCAGUGUAGAAGGAAUUCUUCGAGAGUCAGUGGUCUAAGCUCUUUCACAUGGUAGAGUUAGACGACAAGAUGACCUGAGUAAAUUGGUAGGUGAUUCCAAGGGACAAGACUAACGUUUUAAGUUAUUUAUGUUCCCGAUUAAUAUAAAAAUGUACUUACUGCAAAGUUUGGAGUGAAAUACAUGUAAACCUCAAAGAGAAAAUGUUAAAUGUAUAAAUGAAGUAGCUCAGGAUUAUAUGUAUCUUUGAAAAUACACUAAUAAAGAUUACCCAAAAUUG